CGACGUACGUAAUCUAGCGCAGGCUUGAAGUACGGAUCCUUCCAGCGCAGCAUGCCUGCCCCAUCAGCUUAGCAUACAUGCCGAUCCCUCGCUCUCGUUCGAUGUAAACAUUGCAUAGCUAUUUUUCCGCGCGUGCUUCCCAUUGACUUUGUGUACAGUCGUAACGCCAUUUUUAAUGACGGGGGAUUCAUUGAGAGAACGCAUUUUAUAGCGUUAAAUAUCUUUCUAAUCCUUCAUAGAACGAAGGAUUUUAUCACAAUGGAUGUUACUUACACUAUAGGAGUAAGUAACCGUUUCCUUUUGGACAUGGAUACUGUGUCCGAUCCACAGGAUAUUUUUGCUGAAAAGGAACAACGAAUGAAGGAGAAGAAGGAGAAAAGCAGCAAACCCAAACAGCCAAAGCCUGCGAAGAAAGCAGAACCAGCCAAAAAGGCCCCAGAACCUGAGCAAAAAUCGAGGAAAGAAGACACUAGGCCUGAAAGGAGUGAUCGCCCGGACACUGGAAGGAGAGGUGGAAGAGGGGGUCGCGGAGGCAACCAGGACAGACCCAACUACAGGAGAAACAACAACAACAGAAGGUCAGAGGGGCAAGACAGCCACCUAGAAAACCAGGAGAACCAGGCACCUUCAGAGUACAGGAGUAGCGGUGGGGAUAGGCCACCCCGUGAUUUCCAAGGGGAUAGACCCCCACGUGGAGACUACCAAGGUGACAGACCGUACAGAGGCAGGGGUAGGGGAAGAGGAGGCCCUCGUGGUGGACGUGGAGGAUUCGGUGGACGAGGAGGAUCAUCUGAUUAUCGGAAGAGAGAGUUUGAUAGGCAUAGCGGAUCGGACAAGAGCAGCUCGUUCAAAGGCCAGGACAAGAGGGAAGGAAGUGGCUCCCACAACUGGGGAAAUAUCAAGGACGAUGUCAAGGAUCUGAAUACUUCGAACGCAAGCGAGGAAGGCACUACACAAGAAUGGAACCAACCUGCUGACGGUGAACAAUCGGAAAAUGCCCCAACGACUACUCCCAAGGAAGGUGAAGAGAACGAAGGUGCGCCGGAGGAUGGAGAGGAAAAGGAACCGGAAAAGGACGAGAUGACCCUGGAUGAAUACAAGGCUAUGGUCUCCAAGGAACGUGUCAAAACCGAAUUCAAUUUACGGCGAGCUGGCGAGGGUGAAGAUAACUCGCAAUGGAAACAGACCUACGUUCUCAAGAAGGAAACGACCAAGGAUGACAGCGAAAAGCAUGAAUAUAUCUACCAAAAGGAUCACCAUACCAAGCAGGAUGCCUCCGGACUGAUCAACAUCACCUUCUCUGACCAAACCCCAGGUGGGCGAGGCCGCGGCGCAAGGAGAGGUGGGCGCGGAGCGGGUGGACGGGGUGGAGAACGCGGCGGAGACCGUGGUGGUGGUCGCGGACGUGGCGGAGACCGCAUGUCACGUGGAGGCCGUGGCGGACGCGGUGGAAGAUACCGCGACGAGUCGGCCAUCGCCGUCGACAACGAGGAGGAAUUCCCCUCCCUUUCGAAGUAAAGAGGGUGCAAGAAAUGCACGGUUGGUAACAACACAAGAAGUGAAGAGAGAAUAAUGUGCUGUGUAAUUUAUUCCCUUUCGUAUAAAUAUUUUUCACCUGCAGUUAAACACAGGUGUUGUUUUUUUUGGAGAUCACGCUCUGUGAGGUUGCGUUAUACUACAUGUGGGGUAUAAAGGCAAUGAACAGUUGUAGGUUCCUUAUUUUGACCCAGCUGACUCCUAUCUACCCCAUGGCAAUAUGAUAGCCCGUAUUUCUUUUGUGAUGUAGCUCGAGAUGGAGCUUGUAAUUACAUUUUUUUACCAUCAAAAGAGAACAUUUCUGUUGAACAUUACAGAUUUAAAAAAGUAAUGUAUAUUAUCUUUUUUAUUCAUCAUCGGUCUUUUUGAAUUAUUGUCUUCUUCCAACUGAUCUGUUGUGAGUAGCUAUGUACCAAGAUGAGAUUUGAAGCACCAUACAGUUGCAAUGUGUGCCAUGUUAAUGUUUAGGAGAAUGUAUUAUUAUUGGACAGAAUCACGCGGGUAAAGAUUCCCCAUUUUAGGUUGGAAGGUGAAAACGACAUGAAUCGGAGAAUAUAAUUGUUUAAAAGAGCUUUUGUGUGGAGUUCAUAAUGCACAAUGCUUGCAUCUGAAGAAAGAUGUUUUCACAAUUUUCUAAUUUAAUGUGCGUGUCCACUCAGUGGCUGUAAGACACAUCAUUGGCAAGGGAAUAUUGUCAUGGCACUGCGUUCGGUAUGCCAUUAUCCUUACAUGUGUGAACUUGAAUCGUAAUGAUGUACCAUGAAUUCUGCAUUAUAAUAAUAGUAUUAUUUCUUUGUCUGUCAGACCAGGAGCCCGUAACACAAAACUUAGCAAUGAUCGUAGAACAUUUUUCUACGAUUGAUUCCAUUGACUACAAUGUACAAUCCAUCGUGAAAAUCAAGCGUACGAUCAAUCGCUAACUUUUGUGUUUCGGGACUCAGGACACUAUCUCAUAAAGAGUUGCGUUUGAUCCAAUUAAUCACAACCAUAGCAAACCAAGAACUAGCACUACCAACAACUACUAACAUGUCAGUUCUUUGUCUAUAUACUUAUGCAUUUAUUGUUGUGUCCAGAGGGAAGUUUUAUACAUUUGCUAUACAAACAUCGAUGGAUUUCAAUAGCUAAUUGAGAUCGAUUGUAUCAAUCACAACCUCAGUGUAAGAAGGGGUCAUCGCUUGUUUUUGGCAGGAAGAUAGUGCACUGUAUAAAGGAAUUAAUGUUACCAGUCAAUCUGCAAUGCAACUCUAUUAUUUUCUGCAAGUGAGGAAAGGGAAGAAGAAAAUUUGGAUGGCCACAGAAGGGAAUGUUCAAGAUAAUGAUAAUACUCUUUAAUAUAUUGGAAGGUUUGGUUUGUGAUUGCUAACACAUUUACUGAGAAAGCGUUAGGAACGUACCUCUACCCCAAGUUCAGCAACUUCAGGUUCUUGUUUGAAGGGAACUAUAACCUCUUGACAGCAUGGCAGUGUAUGCUUGAAUGAAUAGAAAGUGGAUAAUUACAGAAGGUAAAUAUUUGAUGCAGAAAAAUCACAGAUCAAGAAAUAGAAGACGGGGUGCCUUGGCUGCUCAAUGCAUCUUAUUGAUAACUCCUUGGAGAAGCUUGGAAACAAAAUAAUUCAAUUUUCAUAAUGGAGAAAAAUAUGUAUACAAUUUGUAUUUGAUGCUGAAAGUAAGCAUUUAAAAGACAUUUGAAAAAAAAAAUCUGUGAGAAUUGUUUAUUAAAGAAGUACUAAGAAAUUUCUAAUAGCUUUUGUAGUCUUAUUGACAUUGAUGUUGGAUGAUAGACUUGCCGACGGAUGUAAGGCAUGAUAUGAAAGAUGAACUAUAAGUAUUCCAAUGAAAACAAUUAUGGUCUGCGUUGAAUUGCUGCUAUAUGCCUUGUUCGUAUAACUUGAAUAAAUUUUUGUUCAAGUACCCAAGGGGAAUAUAUGAAUUAUGUAUAAUGCCAAUUAUCCGAGGAGAAAACUUUUAUGUACAUUUUCUCUGAAGAUAAAGUUUGUACAGAGUUAAAUGUUUGACCAUUGAUUUAAGGGAGAAAUGAUGGGGUUGUCAUAGAUGAUUAAGUUUCAUUUUGCAUGUCAUUUCUAGUAUCAUCCAUGUACAUUUUUACAUCAUUAAAUGACAAAUCAUUUUAAUUAGCUUGCUUGGGGCAGUUGAUCUAUUCCAUUUGUUCUCAUAUUUGUCAGAUGAUUGGGAGACAAUAUGUUCAAAAUACACUUGCACUUGAUUGCAAAUGUCAUGCGAUUAAUGCCACAUAUUAUUUUGCAAAUGGCAGGUUACUGCUUGGGUGCAAGUUUGCAACCCAAUUAUAGGGGAAGUAAAAUUAUUGAUUGCAAUCUUUUGCCAUGCCCUCCGAAGUCUCCUAUCUCAAGGCUGCAUACUUUUCUUCUGCUUACUCCUAGUUAUGGUGGUAGUAAUGAUUAAUGACUUCAUAUGUUUAUUUCUUUUUAAUAUGAAAUGAAUUCCAUCUAUACCUUUGUUGCAAAGUGUGUUUAAUGCUCCUUUUUGUGACAUUGUUCAUAUUCCAUGUUAGAAGAAUAUAUUUUUCAUUUAAAAGGGAAUCAGAAGCCAAGUUGAUACAAUUUUGUUAACGUUGAUUGCAGUUUCCAACAGCAUUUUUUCAUGAACUUGGUCAAGAAAAUUGUGCAAGCUUAGAUAUUUUACAUGUACUUUUCGAUCUGUAUCCAUUUGUGGAUAUCUUCCACUUGCACAUGCAAAAAAUAUCAUCUUAAAACAUAGUGUUGGCUCACCUGUAUUGCUAUUUUUGAGAAGUUAAUGGGAAAGGUUUGACCAGUACAUGGUUUAUCACAAGAAGCUGGUGCUUAGGAAACAGGAGUUUAAUACACUAUAAGACGACCACAACGAAAACAUGAACUUGGCAAUUUGUGUUUUGUAAACCCUCUACUUUACCAAAAGAGCUAUCAUCCCCUAUAAUGCACAUCUGCACCUCGUGUCUGAUAGAUUUGUUAUCAUUGUCAUACAAGAGUAUUAUUGCAAUAUGAUAAAGCAAGGUUUGAUUUAUUUCAUGUUGAUAAAUGAUUAUUAGGUGACCUCAUAUUCCAACCAUUAUUAUAUUAUUGACCCUGUGUGUAUUUCAUGAAGCUGUUUGUAAGUUAGAAAUGACUGGUGAUCCUUUCUUGGGAGCUAAGUACAUGCUAGUUAUGAUUAAGCGUAUAUCAUUACGCACAAGAAAGAAUCGCCAGUCAUUGGUAAGCAGUGAGUAACUAACGAGCACCUUUAUGAAAAGGCCCCCAAGAAGGUAUUUACUGCUUCGGCUACCACAUCUGUUCCCGUCAUGUUUAUGAAUUUAUAUGUGUGAGUGUGAAUCUCAGAGCUGCCAGCUAUUUAAAAAAGUCAUAAUUUAUACGAUUUUCAUGUCAAAUUACACCAUCACGCUUUUGAGGUAGAAAAGGUAUACACAUUUAAUACUCGCGUAGUAAUACAUUGCACAGUGAAAUGUACUUGCCUGACUAGGCAAGCUAGUGCUUCACAAAAGUUAUGUAAUACUCUGGAUAAGUAUUCCUGACAACCGUCCUGUAGGGUUGGCAAAACUUGGCAUUUACUUCUAAGAAAUUUAUAAUACCGCUUGGCAGGUAUUAGUUAUAUACCUUUUAUCUCAGAAUGAUGACUUUUGAGCUUCUAGGUUACUACUUUUUACUUUGUCUUUUAAAGGUUGGCAGCUCUGGAAUCUGUUUAAAUUAAUGAUUCUUGCAAAGUGUUAAUCUUUGCCAUUUGAAUUUGUUAGUAGCCAAGCUUUUUUAUAUUCUUGAUAUUUUCCCUUUUUUAUGAGUUCUUUGUAUUCUUUUCAUCGAUAAAUCUCAUAACUAUCCUUUCCCCGUUUAGUACAAGGAAGACUCUAAAUCACCUAGACAAGGUGGCAUGAGUGACUGUCAGAAGGAUAUGGGAGCAGGAUUUAUUUAGUUGUUCCAAGUCUUCUGUUGCAUCCCAUGUAAACACCUGUUUUCUAUGACGUGUCCACGAACCCUAAGGCCGUGUUGCAUCAAAUUCGGUCUCUGUCACUGCAUUCCCUACGAUACCAAAAUGACUCAUUGAGCAGUUGCGAAAAAGGGUGUCGCAAGUAAUAUUUGGAUUGCUCAGACAUGUUGCAUAUUUGGUAUUAACGAUCACUUUGGGAUUGUAUUUCCAAAAAAAAAAUUAUUAUUCACCAUUGGAUGGGGCCGAGACUAGUCUUUGUGUAGGGCUGGUUUGUGAAACCAGCCACAUGGUCAUGUGACUUAAUCACACCUCCCUAUGUCCUUCUGACUCCUUCACCCAAGUGCCAACCAACCUGGAAAGCAUUUCAUGGAACAGAUAAUGAUUUUCACUGACAGUUGUUGAAAGCUACUGCAAAUCCUUGGAUGUGAUUGGCUGCAAGUCAAAUAGUCUGUAAAAAUCGCUGAAAUCUUUUCCAUGAAAUGCCAUUUAUAUGAUGCAAAUUAACUAUUAUCUAGCUUCCAGUUUCUCUGCAUGAGAUUUUCCAUCUGUUUAUAUAUUCACAUCCCUGUAAUUAAAUGGUAGUCUACACUCCCAUAACCGCCGAAAUUUGGAUAGAAGAUGACACGAUUAUACAUAAUUUUCAAGUCAUUCUCAAUUGCAAAGAAAUUAUUUGUUGUGGUACUGAGCCAAAGCACUAUAACUUUCAAGUGAAUUUUCAGUCUCUUGCUAGUCGCACAAACGAAACUGACUCCAGACCUAUCAUAUCUAUGACGUUAUGUUGAAUUGCACAUCAUUCAUCCGUCAGUUUGGAGUCUAUUUCGAUGGUGUGACCAUCAGUAACUAGAUAUAUGUAUGUAGCAUUUCUACAGACAACAGUCUUCAGGGACAUUCUUUCCCUGCUUCCACAAUUGCUAUGCAAUCAGGCAAUGCAAAAAUUCUUCAUGCUUAGAACUCUCAAGGUAUUGCCUCUGCUGAAAAUUGAGAACAUAGAAAUGUACAAGGUGCAAACUUCAUGUACUUACACUCGUGUAAGGUAACUCUCAAUUGAUACACUAGAUUUCUCUAGUAAGUCUGGUGAGCUGUCUUUGCUUUUGCCCGCCGCAUCCUGCUUUACUAGAUGUCAUGUUUAGCUGGGUGAUCAGUGGACAUUUUAGUAAGCAAAUGUAGAAAAGCAAUAUCAGUGAAAUUUGUUGGUACUCGUGUCCGAUACCAUCUCCCCCAAGAAAAUGUUCGAAGGAGCUGAUGAGAGGUAUCAAUAGACUGGCAAUAUGUGAUAGGUUCUUGAUGAUGAUUGUUACAGUGCUCCAGCACAAUAGAGAUUGGCUGCUACCUGUGUUUGAAUUGACUGUCCUUAUGUUUUUCUUCAGUAGCGCUGGUCUUGUACCAAACUACAGCACACUCACUAUGUAAUAUAUCCCUUGUUACAUAAUCCUUUUAUUGUGUUGAAAUGAAAAUCCCAACAUCUUAUGACUUUUAUGAGAGAAAGGAAAAAAAAGUAUUUACAAGAUGAGAUGAAAAAAAUAAAACUAAAACAUUUCAAAAUA